AUGGAAGGAUCUGGAGUCGUCACCGUCUACGGCAACGGCGCCCUCACCGAAACCACCAAGAAAUCCUCACCUUUCUCCGUCAAAGUCGGCCUCGCCCAAAUGCUCCGCGGCGGCGUCAUUAUGGACGUCGUCAACGCCGAACAAGCUCGCAUCGCCGAAGAAGCCGGCGCUUGCGCCGUCAUGGCUCUUGAGCGUGUCCCCGCCGACAUCCGCGCCCAGGGCGGCGUUGCACGUAUGAGCGACCCUCAGCUCAUCAAGGAAAUCAAACAGGCCGUCACUAUCCCCGUCAUGGCCAAAGCCCGAAUUGGCCACUUCGUCGAAGCGCAGAUCCUCGAAGCUAUCGGAAUUGAUUACGUCGAUGAAAGCGAGGUUCUAACCCUAGCUGAUGAAGACAACCACAUCAACAAACAUAACUUCCGUAUCCCUUUCGUUUGCGGUUGUCGGAACCUCGGCGAAGCUCUCCGCCGUAUCAGAGAAGGCGCUGCCAUGAUUCGUACCAAAGGGGAAGCUGGCACGGGAAACAUUAUUGAAGCUGUUAGACAUGUCAGGUCUGUGUUGGGUGAUAUUAGGGUUCUUGCCAACAUGGAUGAUGACGAGGUUUUCACAUUCUCCAAGAAAAUCGCUGCUCCUUAUGAUCUUGUUAUGCAAACUAAACAACUCGGGAGGCUUCCGGUUGUUCAGUUUGCUGCUGGUGGUGUUGCUACGCCUGCUGAUGCGGCGUUGAUGAUGCAGCUUGGUUGUGACGGUGUAUUUGUUGGUUCUGGUGUUUUCAAGAGUGGUGACCCGGCGAAACGUGCUAGGGCUAUUGUUCAGGCUGUUACUCAUUAUAGUGAUCCUGAGGUUUUGGCUGAGGUUAGUUGUGGAUUGGGUGAAGCUAUGGUUGGGCUUAAUUUGACUGAUCACAAUGUCGAGCGGUUCGCCAAUCGGUCUGAAUGA